UUGAAACACCUUCUUCGCAAGAUAAUUGAUCUGCAUUUGUUAUUAUUACAAGCAUUAAAAUUGACAAGACAUCAAAACUAUAAUGAUAAUACUUAUAACUGCAAGAUAUCAUACUCUCGUAAUGCUUCUAAAUGGACGUAUAUUGAUCAAAACACACUCUACAAGACGAAUUUUGAACAUGAAAAAACUCCAAAUAUUUCAAAUCAACUGUCAGAUAGAGAUACUCAAAAUCAAUUGUCGGAUAAAGAUACUCAAAAUCAAUUAUUAUAUAAAGAAAGAUGA